UCUGAACAUUCGUAGGUUCGAGCUGCCCAAUUCAACAAUUGAACCCAUGCCAGGCCAGGGCGUGAGGGUCUCCAUCAGGAAUGCUUUGGCUGAAAUGACUGGCCGUUGGGAGCUGAAGAAACGUUGGUUCAAAGACCGCGGCUCCUUUGAACUGAAGGUUGACGGCAUCUCCAUCUCCGUGGGCUUGCAACUGGGGAAUGAUGCUGCUGGGAGACCAACGAUUACCACCUUGGAUUGUAACACCCACAUCUCCAAUGUCGACAUUGACAUAUCUGGCAAAUGGGA